UCGAGUGGCUUGUGGCUCCGAAAGCAAGCAAGGUUUGGCGCUAUGGCGGAGCUCUAGGCUUAAGAGCGAUCUUUCCGGCAGGGUAAAAUAUUUGUCCUUGGGAUCGAGAGAUUUCGGGGAGGAUCGAGCGAGCUGCUGGCGCGGCGAUCAAUCACCAGGCGCGUCCGCUAGGUCUGGAUUUUGAGCUGUGAUGUGGAGUUCUUGGGACCUGCAUUGGAUCGAGCUUGGCAGAUUCCCAGUGAAUCACGGCUUCUGUCCAAGAUUCUAGCCCUGGAGCGCAGAGUGAUGGCUAGGCGUCGAGAAUGAGGCCGCGAUGGCGAGAUUGGGGAGCAUCAUCGAGGGUGUGUAUGCAUCUGGAGCUGCUGCUGACAACGGCUGGAGAUCAAAGUCGAAAGAUCACGCGCCCGGUGGAGCGGCGGCGGAGCGUAUGAAGGCAUUGCAUAUCAAUGCCUACUUCGGCGCCGGGGAGAAGCAUCCAAACGCUCUUCGCGAUGACCGGCUCGAGUACCCAAGCACUAGCUCCAGCGCGAGCUUGGAUUUCGACGACGAUGGUGGCUAUAGUCCGAGGGAGCCAUUCUGGCACCCCGAAGAGAAGCAAGCUCCCAGUGGAGUGUCUCCGGGGUGGCCUUUGAAGCACGAGGGCAUGGUGUCCAAGCCAUUCUCGGGCACAAAGCAAGGAACGCGUAUGUGGGAGGAGAAAAGAGAGAAGAGGGAGACUGAGGCCUCUGAAGUGGAGAUGAUGAAGGAGAGGUUCGCGAGAUUAUUGCUGGGCGAGGAUAUGUCUGGAGGCAGUAAAGGUGUGUGCACUGCACUGGCGAUCUCGAAUGCCAUCACGAACCUUUCUGCAUCCGUGUUUGGAGAGCUUUGGAGGUUGGAGCCUCUAUCCGUGGAGAAGAAGAAAAUGUGGCGAAGAGAGAUGGAAUGGAUACUGUCUGUUACCGAUCACAUCGUCGAGCUCGUUCCGACUUGGCAGACAUUUCCGGACGGCAGUAGUGUUGAGGUUAUGGUCAGUAAUCCCCGGGCAGAUCUACACAUAAAUCUACCAGCCUUGCGGAAACUUGAUAUGAUGUUACUGGAAUGUCUGGAUGGUUUCUCAAAGACUGAGUUUUGGUAUGUCGACCAGAGUGUCGCUAUGUCUGAAGCGGAAGAGCAAGGCACUCCAAGGAAAUCGCUACCGAGGCAAGAAGAAAAAUGGUGGCUGCCUACGCCAAGAGUUCCCGCUAAUGGUCUGUCCGCCGAGUCGAAGAAGCGCCUGCAACAUCAGAAGGACAGUAUUAAUCAGGUCUUGAAAGCUUCAAUGGCCAUUAACGCACAGGUACUUUCCGAAAUGGACGUGCCUGAGGUGUAUUGGGAAUCUCUUCCAAAGAAUGGGAGAUCAAGCUUAGGCGAAGGUUUCUAUCGCUGCCUAUCUUUCGAGCAAUUCUCUCCUGAAGCUCUGCUGGCCACGCUGACCAUGGCAUCCGAGCACCACAUUCUGGAGAUCGCCAACCGCGUGGAAGCCGCUAUUCAUACGUGGAAACGGAAAGUAAGCUCGAGGCAUCCUCAUACCGAUGGAAAGCCCAAUGCCAGAUCUUCCUGGGGUGGACUUAUGAAGGACUUGGUCGGAGACGGCGACCGGCGAGAGAUCUUAAUUGCCAGAGCCGAAACUCUCCUGCUUUGCUUAAAGCAUAAGUUCCCGGGACUACCGCAAACUCUCUUGGACAUUCACAAGAUCCAGUAUAACAAGGACGUCGGACAGUCCAUCCUGGAAAGCUAUUCUCGUGUUUUGGAAAGCUUGGCGUUCAGCAUUAUAUCGCGUAUAGAUGACGUCCUCCACAUUGAUGAGCUUGCAAUGACCGCCGAUCCAACACCAGCCGAGGAUCCAGCACCAAAGAUAUUUCCCGCGGCUUUAAGCAAGAUACCUCCGAUUAGAACAUCGAUUCCUGACACCAAAGGCUUCGGGGAUUUCAUCAAGGCACCACCGCCAGCAGAAGCAGCUUCGCCCAAGUUCGAUCUCCCUGGCAAAGACGAGACCGGAUUGAGCCUCACAGCAACGUCGCCAUCGCCAAAGUUUGAUCGUCCCAGGAAGCCAGAGCCACUCAAGAACUUCUCUUAUGCCCGGCAUCUCGAGAGCGUGCACAGUCCUCCGGGAAGAGACUAGGAGGAAGGGGGUGAAGGAGGCAGGAUAGAUUCCUUGGUAGAGUAGAACAAGGACCACUUACAGAUACGUCCGGACGAUUUAUUUACAUCACAAGCUCGUGCGAGUUGGCAUCUUC